AAAUGAGAUGAGAGAGCUAAGUACAUUUUCCAACCUGAUUCCACCAGUUACUAGUGGGGGCGGAGGGAGAUUUGGAAACUAAAGCUGUGAUUCCUGGCUUGGAGUACAGCAGCAAAAACAGGUACAAGAAUGGCCUGGGCUGCAAGGAUCCAGGGAAGGUGGAGGGACUGUUAAUCGGUUUUGUUGCAGUGUGUUAUAGCAAGGAGGUGAUAUCGAUGGCGUGGGGGUGGGGCCAGGGAUAAGUAGCUCUUUGGGAGGGAAGGCAGAGGCCAGCUCAAACUGCUUGGGGGAGGUCUUGAAGCCAGGAAGGGACUGCUUGAAGCUUGCCUGGCCGGCACCCUGGAGCAGGGAAAGCAUAUUGGAGUCGCCUUUGCACAGGCGUGAGGCAUGAGAAUAGAGCCAGGAGACUUUUCAAAAGAUGGAAGCAUCGCCUCCCAGAACAAGUUCUUCUAAAAGACAGCUCAAGACCACCCAGGAAAGCAUUCCCAGAGGUCAUUUACAACAAGCUGGGCUGUGGAUGGGGGUGUGCCAUCUCCAGGCUUCUACAGAUGGUGGAGAUGUCUGCCCCGAGGCUGACUUCUAACAGAACAUCCCUGCAGCCAGCAUCUAAUGCUGAUUACACCUGGGAGUAUGAGUACUAUGAGAUCGGACCAGUGUCCUUCGAGGGACUGAAGGCUCAUAAGUAUUCCAUUGUGAUCGGAUUCUGGGUUGGUCUUGCGGUCUUUGUGAUUUUCAUGUUUUUCGUGCUGACUUUGCUGACGAAGACAGGUGCCCCACAUCAAGACAAUGCAGAGUCGUCAGAGAAGAGAUUCAGAAUGAACAGCUUUGUGUCAGACUUUGGGAAACCAAUGGAGUCAGAUAAGGUGUUCUCUCGUCAGGGUAACGAGGAGUCCAGGUCUCUCUUCCAUUGUUAUAUCAAUGAAGUGGAACACUUGGACAGGGUCAAAGUCUGCCACCAAACAACAGCCAUCGACAGUGAUGUCCAACUCCAGGAAGCCAUCAGAAGCAGUGGGAGGUCUGAGGAGGAGCUGAGCAGGUUUAUGAAGUUUGACAUCCCCAACUUCGUGAACACGGACCAGAACUCCUUUGGGGAGGAUGAUCUUCUGAUUUCAGAACCACCUGUUCUUCUAGAAAAUAAGCCAGUUUCCCAGACUUCACGUAUAGACCUGGACUGAGAAAUGCUUGUGGGCACCUUCCUGAGGAUGUAUUCUGUCUCUGUAUAGCCAGAAACCUCCCCCUCCCCUUGGUGUGUGUGUGUGUGUGUGUGUGUGUGUGUGUGUAGAGAGAGAGAGAGAGAGAAAGAGAGAGAGUAGAUGAUGUUGAAAGUUUAAGAUCUAGGCUAGGGCUGGGACUUAGUGAUAGAGGUAUAGAGUUUGGAGAUGGAAGGCACCAUUUUGCUGUCUUUUUUGUGGGGGGGGAGGUGGUAAGUUUUGUUUCUUUCCCUUUUUGGAUUAAAAACACACAGUAUUAAAGCUUCCUUAUUGAAAAAAAUUGGCUCCAUGUACAGUUGAGCUCCCCUGGGUGAGGGUUAGGUCACUGCAUUCUGAUCUAGCCCAUUGCCACCAUUCUUUGCUUAUAACAUCUGCUUUACUUCUCUGGACUGCAUGGCUUUAAAGGUAAGGCAGCAUAUCUGGAGUAGAUGACCCAUCCCAGCUCAAAUAUUUUGUGACUUAGCAUCCAAGACCAGCUAAUGCAUAUAGAAGCAGUAGAAAAUAGAACAUGGCAUCCUGGCUCUGACUGCAGGCUCUCCAGGUCUUGGUUCCCUCCCUCCAGUCAGUCCUGCACUAGGUCAUAUGUUAGUUAGGGGAGCCUUCAGCAGGAGUCCAGGAGACUCACACACUGUGACAGUGCUUCUGCUGAGUCGCGCUGAGGCAGUUUAUCUGAGGAACGCCAUCCACCUGUGCUUUAAACCUGGGACAGCUCUGACCCCCGUGAGUACCAGCCUAACGUACUUCACAAGCACUUGAGCUCUCAAAAAAUGAUAGGGCAGAUUGUCACCUGGCUGACUGGGUCCUUUCUGAGCAUCCCUGUGGUCACACUGCUGAACUAUUUGGCUGCAGAACAAGAUACUGUUUGCCAUGCUGUCUGUCUGCUUUGGCGGGUGUGUAGAUGUUGACUGCCUGGCUUGGAGCUGAGAUGGUCAAUGGGUUGUGUGUACCACAGUAACAUGUUCAGGAUGGGGUGAUGUUAACAUGAGCAACAUGUUGUUCGUUUCACAAAGGAAUCAACCCUACUUUGCUGGCGUCAGAAACAACUCAGUCUUGCACACGGUGAGUUGUAUGCAUGGCCAGCUGCUCGUCUCUGGGUAGCAUUGUCUUUGUGAUUUGUCAUUUGUCUUGCUUAAGUUGCAAAAUAAAUGCAUUUAUUGCACAGGAA